UCAAGGCAAUCACAGCAUUCAUCGCUCUUUUGGCCUGCGUUGUCUUCGUCUCCCUCGCCUUGGGCUGCUGUCUUUAUCUUCAAGGACAACGGCACGCGGCCUGAGCUCCCACGGUUCGUGCUCAGCGGGGGUGCGUGGGGUCAGCUCGCUCGUCUCGCAACAUCAUCACUCAACACACACCAUACCACCGCACCUCGAGCGUCCACGACCGCCUCCUGAGCAGCAAUUUCCAGCUUGCAUUCGAGUAUUCACAUAUCUGCAGACCAUCAACCAUGCGGCCGUCAUCGGGCGGCGACAUUCUCCCCUCCAUUAAACCUCGAUCCCGCAAGUCCAGCGUCGCCGAUCAUUCCCCUGCCCACCAUGGCCCAUCUAGCCAUGUACCUACCACCUUCUUCCUAAGGAGUGAGGAGGAUGUAGAACUAUCGAUAGCUCAGUCACAGAGCACCGAGCCAGCAAGUAGGCAGCGGGAGAGCACCUUUGGCGUUCAGAGCUUAGCAGACACCUUAGCAGCUGCAUUUGGCCAGGGAAGCGGUGCUAUAGAUAAGAGUACAGAGCAUCUGGCCGAGACAGCGAAGGCACAGGAGGAGAGCUCGAAGGUGUCAGCAGCCAGCUCGCCGAAAGCCUCUAGCAGGAAGUCCGACAGUUCCAAAGCGUCCCCGGCAAGAAAGCAUAGGAGGAGAGUCUCGAAUCACACCACCUCCGCACCUCUCACCCCCCUCAACAUCAAUGCCGCAUCUUCAGUACUUCCGUCGGCAAUGCCGAGUACGCCCAAGUCUGUUUCGUUGCAGUCGUUGAAGCUCUCUGAUGACGACUCCGGCAUGGAUGAAAUGACUAGCCAAGCUAUUACAUCGAGUGGCGAGGAAGAGGAACAGGAUACUCAGCAAGAGAAUUCGAGCAGCUUCCCACAGCUUGUCAUGCCGAGCAUAGAGAUGCCGACUCGAAGGCCAUUCACGCCCAAAGGCAAGUCUAUGGGGAAGCUGAAAGUGCUGAUUGCGGGUGAAUCUGGGCUUGGGAAGACUUCGUUGAUUCGCUCCAUUGUACAGCUAUGCGAGGAUAUUGUUCAUGUAGAUCCUUUGUCUCCAUCCCAGUCCCUCAUCCAGCCGUCGCCGCCACCAAAAUCAAAAUCCCGGAAGCGGAAAGUUGUCGGCCCCGGAACUCUAAGAAUAACCGAGAUUCAUGCAAGCACAAGAUCAUACCCACAUUGGUGGACAGAUCUUGAUGAGACCCGCGUGCUCCGACGAAGAAAGAGUUUAAGCGACACCGUGUUAGAGCGGAAUCUUUGUUUCAUUGAUACCCCUGGAUACAAGAGAGGUUCCUCAAGCACAGACGAAAUGAACUUAGUGGUUGAAUACGUAGAGUCACUGCUACAUCGGAAUGCGUUGACGGACUCGAUGGAGGACAGCGAACUGCUUGGUGUUGUCAGCGGGAAUGGGGGCAUUCAGGUAGAUGUAGUUCUCUACCUACUAUCCCCUAGCCACGAUAUAUCUAAGGACGUCGAGUAUAUGCAACGCCUUUCUUCCCUCACCAGCGUCAUCCCUAUCAUUGCGAAAUCGGACACGCUCUCCCCGUCCGAAAUUAUAGCAGUCAAAACGUCGAUAUUAGCCCGGCUGCAGACUACUUCGAUAAAGCCUUUCUUUUUUGGACAAGCGGUGGAUGAUGCCUUGCUAGCUGUUCAAGGGCUUUCUGUUCCUGGUUCUUCCUCCACUUCCCUGUCCGAGCCUUGCCAAUAUUCAGUUAAUGUUCCAACUCAUCCUUACACCAUAUCAUCUACACCUGGUCCGGAUCCUGACACAAUGGAUGCGUCACUACUCAUGUCACCUGACUACGUGCAGCCCCUUCUCCCGUCUGAGCUCGCAACCUUGGUCUCCCAGGUAUUUGAUCCAGAGUCAAUUGCAUGGUUAAGGCAUUCUGCAGCCAAGAAGUUCAUUGCUUGGCGACGUCGAUCGAAGCUCCCUGGAGAUUCUUUCAUUCUCCACAGCUUUGCGCAACAAAGACACCAGCAGCGCAGCAGUAUUUCGAGCUCCUCCGUCGGCCUAAAUGGAGGUGCAUUGAACACCUCUACCACAUCUUCCAUCUUCUCUGCCACGUCACCGUCAGGAGUCCUCGUACCUCGAGCGACCUCUCCGUUCUACCUCUCGAACUCUAACUUCAAUUCUAACCUCCAGUCACCAUUCCCUGCAUCUUCCCCUUCCCUUUCUCAUGCUCCAUUAGAAGGCCUCGAAGGGCCAACAGCCUUUUCUCUUGCUCGAUACAACAACUAUACCCAAGGCGAACAGCGAUUCGCAGAAGUCAGACUGGCAAGAUGGGCAAGUGAUCUACAACGAAGCCUCCGGAACGAACGCGAACGAUUUGAAGAGCUGCAACGUAACGAGCGGGCGAAGUGGCUACUUGAGCGUGUCGGUGAAGAAGUAAGAGGUGGCAACAUUUCCUCAUCGCCUAGAAAUGGUUCUCCCCGUGCGGAUUGGGCGAUGAUCAGACAUGGAGACCGGAAAGGUACGAAUGCGGAUGAGCAUUGGUAUGGUAGGGGUGGGCGGUUGGAUGCAAGAGACCCACUCGGAUUGUGUGAUUUUAGCGAUGAAGUGAGAAAGAGGGGGUUCGUGCUAGUCAAGGUGCUUGGAGGUAUGAGUGUGCUGGGUGCGGUUGUAGUAGCUGUAGUGAGGGCUUGUGGUGUUGAGGCGGGUUUGCCAGAGGCGGGGCUUUGGAGUUGGAUUACAGGAGCUGCGGUUGCGGGGGCAGAGUAGUGCGAUGCUCUGGGAUGUGGGAUCAGAGUUAACGAAGCGCCAUGCGCUGGCUAGCCAUGUAAUACAGUCUUAAACAUCACUCUGGAAGGUAGUUCACAGCUCUUGUAUAACAUGAACU